AUGGAGAUGAACGAGGAUAGGGAGGUCAAAGAACUCGUCCGGAGAGCGGCAAGCAAUCCGGACAAGAGCGGUAUUCAGAGACGAGAAGCAUUAAAGAAGCUGAUUGUCUCCAGCCAUUCAGGCUCCCCGGCUCUCAAAAUCCUGGCUGCGGGGAACAUUCCUUCCUUAUUCAACGAUUUCCCUGAGCUGGAAGAAGAGGCAAUCAAUGCAAUUUACGAUUUGUGUGAAGACCAAUCCCCUCAGGUGGCAUAUAUCCUUCAUAUAUCAAAGUUACUAACAACAUUCCAGGUUCGGAUCAAAGGUUAUGCAGCAAUCUCUCGUAUUUCAGACGCCCAGAACAAGUGGAUCAAGCGAAAUGCGGAUGUCCUCCUACAACUCUUACAAAGUGUUCACUCUGCUGGACAAAUAGACGAACCCGAUGAGGUGCUUGUGGUCAAGAAAGCAUUAACGGAGCACCUGGACAUGGACCCCAAGGUCACCCUCGGCGUCCUUUGUGAUCAAAUCGUUCCGCCCGACGAAGGCGUGGAUGAAGAAGAAAAGCAAAUCCGUGAUCGUCUUAGGGAGCUGGUUUUGUCUUUUCUUUCCGGAGAGGCCAAACGAACCGUGAUACGACAUGCAGUUGCGGGGAGUCCUUCCGAGGAACUUCUGUUGAGUAGCCUUCUAACAGCGAUACCUAAAUUGAAUUUCAACACCGUCAAUGUCAUCGUAAAAGACUUACUUUUGUCACUGCCCUCUUAUCACAAGUACUCGCCUCGUGGGCAGGUACUUCUGGGUAUGUUGCUUGAGAAGAUAAAGCCCUGUCUUGACCACGAUCCACACUCGAGAAAGCCGGCGGAACUAACCACAGCCCGUCCAUACCUUCAGCUUGCAGGCUUCAUAGUGCUGGAAAGCAAGACGGCCUUUUCAUGCGACCUCUUACAAUAUUAUUGUAAUUCCUUGAUUGGCAAAAUCUUUUUACAGAAGCUAGAAGUGGACGAUCGGCUUUGGGUUAUCCACAAUCUAGCUGAUGUUCUUGCGUUCUGCAAGGAAAACCCCGAAAACGACGAACGUUUUAUGCUUUUAAAAAGUCGGAUAGUAGAAGCGUGUCCGUUCUUACUCGAGACGCUACUAUUUACAAAUCUCUCACAGACAAGGUCAGCCAAUGCUUGUCAAUGGCUACUCGACACGUGUAUUGCUGUGAGUAGAUAA